GGCAGAGGUGUCCUCGCGUUGAUGUGGCUGAUAGUUCUCUGCAGUUCGCCGAUUGUAUACAACUUUAAUCCAAAAAAGAAUUCUACAGUUGGCGUUAUUUUAUAACUUUUUUUGGGGGGGGGGCUCUCCGCUUUGUUAUUGUUUGUUUCCAUCGAUACGUAUCUGCUUACGAAAAGACCCAUCAAAACUCUCUCUAUCGCUCUCUCUCUCUCUCUCUCUCUAUUUCCAUCUCGUUUACUCCCAAACACACGAGUGAGAGAUUAGGGGCGGUGGGGCGCUUCUGACCACGCUUUUUUCCUGUUGCAGUCUCUGCUCGCAUCAUCAAACCUCGGAGGAUUUACAACUUUCUUUUCUACGCCUGUGUGAUUUAUUUGCACUAUAAGUCGGUUUAGUUGUUCACUUUAUGGGGUCCUUUUGAUUCUUAAUGCGUGGCACAUGUUCUGGCAGCCGAGUGGUCAUCCAAAAUCACCUACACGAAAAGUAAGACCAAUACUCCUAUGUUGGCAGCCUCCCAGACACUUUCUCCUCAAUAUUCUGCUCCUGUCUGCGACCAAGUUCAGCUAAAUUAAACAAGAAGUUGCAAAGACAAAGAGGAAGGCUUACAGACUGGUACAGUGUGUCUGAAACAAAAAGGUACAAGUGAAGUCAGGCAUCGCAACCACAAUGUUUGUGGUGGGAACUUCCUUCCUUGAUUCUCCUCCCAUGACACAAUCACUCUUCUCUUUAGUUGUAGUGUAUGGUUUGGCGAGCAGGUAUUUCAUCUAAAAUCAUGAGACAAGCGGACGAGUCUGUGGGAUGAAAGCGCAACGAAAGCAAAAAAGAGAAAAAACUAACCAUGCUGGAGGGUGACCAGCUGGUUUACAUUGUCCUGGAGCUGGUGAUCGCUCUGCUGGCCGUGGCCGGGAACAUCCUGGUCUGCUGGGCCGUCUUCCUCAACUCCAACCUGCAGAGCAUCACCAACUUCUUUGUGGUGUCUCUGGCAGUGGCUGAUAUCGCUGUGGGGCUACUGGCAAUUCCCUUCGCUAUUGCAAUUAGCUCCGGCUUUUGUGCCAACUUCUUCGGCUGCUUGUUCAUCGCUUGCUUCGUCCUCAUCCUCACCCAGAGCUCCAUCUUCAGCCUGCUGGCUAUCGCCGUGGACCGCUACAUCGCUAUCAAGAACCCACUCAGAUACAACAGCCUGGUGACUGGGCAGAGGGCAAAGGGCAUCAUCGCGCUGUGCUGGUUCCUCUCAGUAGUCAUCGGCCUGAUACCGAUGUUUGGAUGGAACACAGGUUGGAAUCUCACCACUAAAAAUAACACCUGCCCUGAAGGCCUGACUGAGUGCCUGUUUGAAAAUGUGGUCAACAUGGACUACAUGAUCUAUUUCAACUUCUUCAGCUGUGUGUUGGGGCCCCUGAUGGUCAUGCUGGUCAUCUACGCCAAUAUCUUCUUAGCUGCGCGGCGCCAGCUCCACCUCAUGGGACUGAAAGUAGCAAAUGCACCUGCACCUGGAGAAAUGACCUCAUCAUCUGGCCCGUCUCGCUCCACCCUGCAGAGAGAAGUGCAUGCAGCCAAAUCGCUAGCCAUCAUUGUGGGUUUGUUUGCUCUGUGUUGGCUUCCCCUGCACAUCAUCAACUGUUUUAACAUCCUGUGUGAGAACUGCGGGGAGCGAUCACCUAAAUGGGUGAUGUAUAUUGCCAUCAUUCUUUCUCACGCUAACUCUGUGGUGAACCCAUUCAUUUAUGCAUACCGAAUUCGAGAAUUCAGACGGACUUUCCAGCGGAUCCUGUCUCAGCACAUCCUCAGACGUAGGGACGGACAUGGUUUCAGGGUUGGAAAUGGUGAUGGCAGAAGUGUCAGGAGCAACAGCAUCGUGCGGACUUCCUCUGGUAACAGUAAAGAGGGUUCAACAUGUGGCACAGUAGUGAAUAGCUACGUGCUUGAUCCCACUCCUAAAGGGACUCCAACAAAAUCUCCUCAUGUAGCCUCCUGCCCCUGGACAUCAAAGUUAGACAAUGUACCGAGCAGCUGUUUACCCAAUGGACAAAAACGAAUGGGAAGCAGUCUUUCAGUCAGCCAGCAAUGCAUCAAGGGAUAUACUACUCAGGGUGGAGGCGAGAGUGGAAAAAUCGAUGUGUCGGAGGUGAAAGAGAGAGGGAGUUGCAUUUCUUUUGUGAAUGUUCAGGCUCUCUCUGUCAAACAGACUGAGUGCAUAUGCUCGCCAGAGUUAACAGAAGUGUCAUGAAAUAUUUAAAUUUUCACCAUAAAACUAUAUAACUGCAUGACUGUGACCACACAUGGCAUUUAAAAUGAUGAAUGAAGCCUCAACAAAUCAACAGCAAAUCUGCUUAAGAUUUCUUCAAGGCUGAAUGUUGGUUAAAGUGCUUUUGUAACUGCAUAUACCUUGCUUUUAAGAUCUGCUCUCUUGCAAUGCGACACUUUAAACCUUUAAACACUUGAACCACAACUUCUGACAAUGUUGCAUCAGGUAAACGUAUUUAAUGCUCCUCUGUAUUUUUAUGGCUCCCUGGAGAUUAAAAAGUCUUAAAUAUA